AUCGAUCACGACGUCCGCGUCCAACCCCCCCUCGGCCUCGACGCCCGUCUCCUCGCCCGCCGCCUGCGCCGAUCUCCAUCCCGCCAGCAGCGGCGCCGCCGCUCGCCGAUUGUAUCUGCUGUCUUGAUUAGAUUCGUGAUGGCGUGUCGGGGCUUCUUCGAAUGCCUACUGAAGCUGCUCAACUUUGUCCUCACGGUCGCGGGGCUCGCCAUGGUCGGCUACGGGAUUUACCUACUCGUCGAAUGGAUGAGGAUUUCUGGCGGCGGCGGCGGCGGGGCACCGCCGUCGCCCGCGCCGCCUGCUGAGUUGCUUAUGUUCGGCCGCCCCAUGCUCACGGCCGUUGCCCUAGGUGACGGUGGCAGUUUCUUCGACAAGCUCCCUAAAGCAUGGUUCAUCUAUUUGUUCAUUGGUGUUGGUGCAAUUAUCUUUGUGAUCUCUCUGUUUGGCUGCAUUGGAGCUGCGACAAGGAACACCUGCUGCUUGUGUUGUUACGCUUUCUUGGUAAUAUUGUUGAUACUUGUUGAAGCUGGAGCUGCUGCAUUCAUAUUCUUCGACCAUAGCUGGAAAGACGUAAUUCCAGUGGACAAGACAGAGAACUUUGAUGUAAUGUAUGACUUUCUCAAGGAUAACUGGGAGAUUGCAAGAUGGGUUGCUCUUGGCAGUGUUGUUUUCGAGGUAUUGCUUUUCCUUUUAGCACUGGUUGUCAGGGCAAUGAACAAACCCGCUGAAUAUGACAGUGAUGAUGAGAUCCUUGCAACUUCUAGAAGCACUAGCAUCCGGCAACCACUAAUUCAUUCACAAAAUGCUCCUGCUACUGGUGUUCCCGUUGCAACCCUUGAGCAACGUGCAAGCAGAAACGAUGCAUGGAGCCAGAGGAUGCGUGAGAAGUAUGGUCUGGACACAAGCCAGUUCACCUACAAUCCAUCAGACGCAGGCAGAUAUCAGCAAAAUGGUGCCCCUCCAGCUGAAGAAAGGAGCCGUUGUGUUAUAAUGUGAAAAUGGUGCCCCUCCAGCUGGCGUACUCCAGUAUGGUGUUUUUUCAUGGGCAGGUUUGUGCAGUUGGUCGUACCGAGUUAUUAUUCAGUGUGUCCUGUGAAGAUCUGUUGCAUUGUCGAUUUGUCAUACUGAUGUGCUCACGGAGUGCUCUACGCACCGGUAAUUCCCAUGUCAUGAGUGAGCUGCUAUUAGAUACGCCAUUUUAUUUUCCUGUUUUUUGGUGUAUCUUUUGUAUACUCCUUUUCUUCUCUCUGCUAGCUUUUGCCCCCGUUGUACAGAAGUUAUAUUCAGUUUGACGUUAUAAUCACGUUUAUGCGAGUUUUGGUUUGUGCUAUGAAGAGGAGUCUUUUUGACAGUCCAUUACUCCAUUGUUUUUAUUAAUGAAUCUAAGGCCAAUCUCAAUGGAAAUUUUAU